AGGCGUCUAAGUUCUUCACAAAACGUGCUGUUCUCCUAGGCCCGCGUCAGCGAUUCUGGAGCGCGUUCCUGGGGGCUCUUCCAGCUCGAGCGAGGCAGAACUGUUGCUUCAUCUUCGAAGCAGAGCGAUACACGCCCCGUUGUGCAGUCAGACCUAGGGAGGCACCUAUCAAGAGGCUGAGCCUUCCAAGCCCUCCUCUCCAGCCAGGCUUUCGAGGGCUAUUUUUAGACGAGCUCAUUCCCUUUAUAGCCGUAGCAAACAAAGGCAUCCUCCACCCCAGCCUUAAGGUACUUCCCGCGCGCUCCACGGAUUGAAGCCCCGCCUGGUGUCCUUUCUCCCGCCCGCAUCGCCUGCCGAGCCGGUGCCUGCCGCCGGCUCGUUCGCCUCGCAGACGCGCUUGAAAAUUUGCCUGUCCCAGGGAAGUUUGGUCGGUCAGAUUCAGCACGUGUUGCCGCUUCACCCCGUCACCAGCAUCCCAAGGAGCUGCAGCGCUCUAGGGGAGAAAAGAAGCCCAUUCAGGAACCCAGGAGAGGAAGGAAGAUCUUUUUCUCCCUUUUGUUUGGCUCCUUAUUACAAACAAACAAACACCACGUUUGCAGCGCCCGAAGAGUGUAGAUGCUGUGCGCGGCGGAUCAGCUUAGAAAUCCAGAUCACGUCUAGCACGUGGCUGCCUUUUUCCAAAGUAGCCUCGGAACCGGGGAUUGGAGUGGAGAGAAGCCUCCCCCGUUCGUUUUCCACGAUCCUCUUUACCUCAAAGGCGUGUGCCCCCUCGCUUUCCCAGCCCUGGUCUGAGGAUGGUGGACAUUUUCAGCGGGCGACCCCUCGUGAACAGAGAGGGCCACGCCGUGGAUCCCGAGCAAACGCUGCAGAACAAAAUCGUGGGCUUGUACUUCUCUGCCGCGUGGUGCUCCCUCUGCCAGGAUUUCACCCCCCUCCUGUGCGACUUCUACAGCGAGUUGGUGGAGGACGCUCCCUCGCCGGCCCCUUUCGAAAUCGUGUUCGUCUCCUCGGACCGCAACCAAGAAGAGAUGGUGGAUUACAUGCACAACAUGCACGGGAGCUGGCUGGCGGUGCCUUUCCACGACACCUUUAAGCAUGAGUUGAAGAAGCGAUACAACAUCACAGCCAUUCCGAAACUUGUGAUUGUUAAACAAACUGGAGAAGUCAUCACUGAUAAAGGAAGGAAACAGAUACGGGAAAGGGGACUCAACUGCUUCCGAAACUGGCUUGAAGGGGCAGAUAUCUUUCAGAAUUUCUGCAGCUGAAUCAGCAGCAGGACUUUGCUACAUCUUUUGUAUAUCCAGAGUUUUCACUGUCACACAACUAGACCAAGAGGAGAAAUUAAAUUAUCUUUGGAUGGUAUCCAAUUUAAGUGCUACUCAGAGUAGACCUAUUGAAAUUAAUGGGCAUGACUAACUUAGGCCCAGUACUUUUAAUGGGUAUAAUUCUUCAUUUUAAUGCUGUUUUGCUUUAUUUCAAAUUCUGUGUUACUGGAAAAGUUCAGCAUAGCUAGUCUCGAUGUACUUGUCCUUCUGUUCUGUAUUAUUAUAUUAUUAUUAUUAUUAUUGUUGUUGUUGUUGUUGUUGUUUAUGCUUUUAUUACAUAGAAGGUAACCAAAUCAGUCCUAACUGAAGGAUUUGAUAAAGUUCCGCUUUGUAUAUUAGGGCUGUCGUUGGCACUGAGAAAGAGUGCCCUCUCAAAUCUAUGCAAGUACAUUAUUUUUGCAAAGAUAAAAACUAUACAGGGAACACUUUAUAUGUCUUCACAAGAAGACUUUUUUUUGGAGUAUUGAUCUAUAAUUUAUAUUACUAAACUGAGAGAAUUUGCUUUAAUAAAUCUGUUUACAGCUUACCUGUCUUUCCAUGACUCUAUCAUUGCAUGUUAAAUUGAAAAGGAAAAAUUGAUAGCUUAUCUAUUGCUUCUCUUGCUAGCAAUGUUAACUGCUUCACUUGUACAGGCUUGGUGUAUGCAAAUGUGAUCCACCAAGCCAAUCUCAG